AUGGCCGGUCUCCAGUUGGCACUGCCUCUGCCUGUGGGCAUUAUGCUCCCACAUAAUAAAACGGAAGCUCCAGAGCUCCACUCAGCUAAGCAAGACCCCUCUGAAAAAGGUGACUCUCCCCAACGGUCCUCUAUGGGGCACCCGAGGAACAAUGUCCAGCAGAAGCUUUUGAGCAACCAAGAGCUGACGCUGGAUAAUCUCUACACUUACCCCAAAUGGAACACCUGCACGAAAGCCCGGAGCUACUCUUAUCCCCGCUGUGCUGGAAUCAGCCAGCAAGAUUCAAGAAGCAAUCCCCAGGGCCAAGCAAAGUGUUUGUUUUACUCACCAGGCCCUCAAUCCCAGUAUCCCAAAGCAAAUAACCAGGAGUUCAUCCCCUUUACAAAGAAGCGAGUUGGGGUGGACCGGGCAUACCCACUGAAACCUGUGUUUCAUCGGAAGCCCCAGAGUACAGGUGAGGCUGGCACUGAUGGGGACCAGAAUGUCUCUCCAAGACCCCCUGAGCCAAGAAAGUUUUCAUACAGUAGCUUUGGUUCAAGGACCUGGGUGAAUUCAUCUGUGGUUGGUCCAGUUGCUGCCAGUCAGGAGGACAGGGUCAUGGCAAACCCCAACAGGAUGGAGUGGAUGCAGAUCCAGAGACUAGAAGCUGCAGGGGAGAGUUUAGAGGAGGAAAUCCGCAGAAAAGAGACUCUUCUGAGGGAAAAGCUGAAGAAGACAGAGGAGGAACUCAGAAGGAUCCGGAAGGAAAAAGAACAGGCUGAGGAAAAUGAAAAAAGGGAGCUACGGAGAAUGGUGCUCCCCGGGAGGAGACUUAAAGGCAAUGGCAAUACCACAUCCAAACCUACCUUCUCCCCAGAAUUCAUGUCUGAGGAGGUCUUCAGCAGAGACACAGGAGACGAUGAAACUUGGGGACGGUCUCAAGUAAGCUCUAGUCCAUUCCAGUUCUCUGAUUAUGGAAUUCAGAAGCUCAAAAGGGAAAGACUGGUGGCAAGCAAUAACAACAUCCGAGACCGGGUCUCAGGGCGAUUGAAGGAGACGUUUUCUCAAGCUUCAGAAGCGCCACUCAGUGCUUUGCGGAGGUCCACCAGCAAUUCUAGCUCGUCUAGGGCACCACACUCCUCGGGCUCUAGCUGUUCCACUGAAGAGCCAGAACUGGGCGAGUGCAGCCACUGUGGCCGAAAGUUUCUCUUGCUCAGGCUGGAGAGACACUCCAACGUCUGCCGCAGGAUGCAGAGUUCCAAGAGGAAAGUGUUUGAUUCCUCCAGGGCCCGGGCCAAGGGUACAGAACUAGAGCAGUACUUGAACUGGAAGGGACCAGCCUCAGUCAAGGCUGAACCUCCUUGGAAGAGCAACUGGAAACAGAAGCACGAAUCUUUCAUCCGUACCCUCCGUCAGGCUCGAGAGGUCCAGCAGGUAAUUGCCAAAGGUGGAAACCCCUCCGACCUGCCUCCCAUCCUGCCUGCAGAAAAUCCAGACUAUAUUCAGUGUCCUCACUGUAGCCGCCACUUUGCUCCCAAGGUGGCAGAGUGGCACAUUCCUAAGUGUAAGACCAUCAAGAACCGCCCUCCACCUCCAAGGAAGCACUGCAGUUGA